AUGUCCCCGGGCACGGCGGCCGUCUGACGUGUGACACUUGGCCCGUCGCGCUUAGUUACGCUCCUGCCGGGGUUUGGCCUCUUUCGUUUCACAUCAGCCCACGCUUGGGGUCAAACUCGCCUCUCGGGAUGAACACAAUACAGGCGAGUCAACCGUGUACCUCAACGUAGUCGACAAGCCAAUGCCAACUGUAUCCUCCUUUCCCUUCUUCCGCACAGGAGAUCAAGCGCAUCAAUGCCAAGCAGCUCGACUUGGGCGAGGCAGGUUCAUGGCACGAUCAAGUACGUCAGCGAAGCAUUCGAAAGUUGUGAAUUUGGAACUGAACUGACUCUCUGCACCCUGGCCCUGCCAAAUCCACAGUACAAAGACUCGGCCUACAUCUACGUCGGCGGUCUCCCCUUCCAAUUAACCGAAGGCGACGUCAUCACCAUCUUCUCACAGCAAGUCACCCCUCCACAUAAAAAAGGUCUUUUCCCAGACUGACGUGCUCCCCCGUUCCCACAGAUACGGUGAAAUAGUCGACAUAUCCAUGCCCCGUGACCCCGCGACCCAAAAACCGCGCGGGUUCGCCUUCCUCAUGUACGCCGACCAACGUUCGACCGUACUCGCCGUCGAUAACUUGGGAGGAGCCAAAGUGUUGGAAAGAACUUUGAGGGUCGAUCACGUGUUGAAUUACAAGCAAUUGGAGAGGGAUGAGGAGACCGGAAAGAUGAAGGAACGAGAGCAACAGAGGUCAGUUUACGGAACGGAUGCGUUUCUAUGCUUUCUGCGCUGCUUCGUUCGGGGGUUGCUGACGAGCUUUCUUUUUUCUUCUUUUUCUUUCGAUGCAUUUGUUCAGCCUGGCUGCUCACCCAGAUCGACACUGGGCCCCACCGAAAGCAGAUACCGACGACGAAGCCGCGUCCGAUUCGGAUUCGUCCCACCCUUCUAUCGACCCCGACGACCCCAUGAGGGACUAUCUCAUCCAACAAGCCCGAGCCAAGGGGAAGAAAUCUAGCAAAUCUUCGAAAUCGAAACAUGAGGGAGAGAGUAAGGAAGAGAGGAGGAAGAGGAGGGAGGAGAAGAGGAGGAUCAAGGACGAACGGGCCAGGAGAAAGGAGGGGAAGAGAAGGGGGGAGGACACAUCGACGAGGAGGAGUGAGAAGGAAGGGAGGGAGAGGAGAGAUGAUGCUGGGAGGGGCGAGAGAAGGAUCGAGGAUGGGCAUAGGAGCAGUCGAGAGGAGGACAAGAGGCGGAGGGCAGAGCCUUACUCGGAUCGGGGUCGGGAUCGGGACCGCGAGCGUGGCGCAGGCAGGGCCAGGGAUGGUUAUGGCGACGGAUCCAGGAGGAGAAGGGACGAUGAUCGCGAGCGUGACCGUGACCGUGGUGCAUAUGAUGACAGGAGAAGGAGACGGGAAGAUGAUGACGAGGAUGAUGCUUACAGACGCCGUCGGGAUGGUCCGUCGCGGUCGUCGGCGUUUGCCGAUCUCGAAAAAGCUGUUGGGAUGCGAUAG